CUUUGGAGCCUCCCUCUCGUCUGACUCGUGAAAUAUGUUCAGUGUGAUAGCCUCCAAGGAGCCCUCACACAAAAUACGACCAGCCGUGAGGUGUUACACUUUCUCUUGACAUCCACGAACGUGAAAGGCACUUGAAACCAGAGCGGCACUUGUUUAGGGACACUAUUAUCAGUUUCCUUUUCAGCGCUGUGGAUAUUUUAAGGGUGCACAAAACCACUGACUUAAGGAGAAGCUUUGACUGGAGCAAGGACAAGGAAUUUAAAAAAAAAAAAAAAAAAAGUGAAUAAAACUUUUCUGGGACGAGAUGGCACUUCGGCAGAACUCUGACAAGGAGCCAAGCAUUGAGUUGUUCAUUAAGGCUGGACACGAUGGUGAGAACGUGGGGAACUGCCCGUUCUGCCAAAGGCUCUUCAUGGUUCUGUGGCUGAAAGGAGUGAAAUUUACAGUGACUACUGUUGACAUGAGGAAGAAACCAGCAGAGCUGAAGGACCUGGCCCCAGGGACGAACCCUCCUUUCCUCCUCUACAACGGCACCCUCAAAACAGACUUCAUCAAAAUCGAGGAGUUUCUUGAACAAACACUGGCUCCUCCCAGGUAUCCUCAUCUCAGCCCGCUGAACAAAGAGUCCUUUGACGUGGGUGCUGACAUUUUUGCAAAGUUCUCUGCUUUCAUCAAGAACAGCCCAAAUAACGCCUUCCACGAGAAAAACCUGCUGCGGGAGUUUAAACGCCUGGAUGAUUACCUGAACUCCCCCCUUCCCGAGGAAAUUGACCACAACUCAACGGAAACCAUCACCGUCUCCAAGCGGAAGUUCCUUGACAGCGACCGCCUCACCUUAGCCGACUGCAACCUGCUGCCCAAACUGCACGUUAUCAGGGUUGCCGCCAAGAAGUACUGCGACUUUGACAUUCCCGCCCAGUUCGCAGGUGUGUGGCGCUACCUCCAAAACGCCUGCGAGAGAGAGGAGUUCAAACAGACGUGUCCGGCCGACAUCGAAAUUGAGAAGGCGUACUUUAGCGUGGCCAACAAGAGGAAAUAAACUUUUCAUUCUCUGUAAUUCAUGUCCUGCUUUUACCGAGUGUAACCAUGCAUGAUGAUCUGUAGAGGGCGCUACAACCUCCAAGAAUAAUGAAUCAGACACUAAUCCACUUUAAAAAGCUUCACGUCGUUGCCGCAAGACUUGGGGACAUGCUAAUGCAAAAUGUUUUAUUGGUUUUAUUGUACUGACUACAGUUCAUAAAUGGUAUUCUUAUGCCACAUUGAGAAGGCCAAAUGUGCAAUUGAUUGCUGAUGUAAUUUAGCAGAAUCUUUGUUUAUAGUGUAAAUAUAACUAUUUUUACAUGGUUUUUAUUAUCAAAACACCCUUGUUAAAAUACAGUAUAUAUGAUUGUAUUAGCAUGAGCAGCACCUUCACAAAGAUUUCAUUUUUAUGUAAAACAUGAAAUACACUUCUGUACCUUACCCAGUACAAAUACAUUUUGAAAUGAUCAAAUUGUCUCACUGUCACG